AUGCAAAGACUGGCAAAGACGUCGCGUCUGUCGCUGGGGCGUCUGUCACUCGGGCGUCUUUUCCAACAGCAGCCCAUUGAGGAUAUCCCGGAGCUCAGGAGUAUUCUGGCUGUUCAGAACCUAGUGGCCAAGAUUCCAGAGAACCCUAUUCCACGUUGUUUGAACAAGAAUGACGCGUAUUGUCAGUGGAUAAAGACGUAUUGUAGUAUCAACUAUCUGACUAUGCUGGACAAGGAAACCUUUGGUGCGUUCGUAAAAGAGGCUGGUGUUUAUCUCCAGACACAAGAAGACGAAGCUUUCCAGGACUGUGGAAACAUUGGACCAAUGGAAGAGGAGGAACUCAUUAGUCCCAAGGCAGACGCUUUCGUAGAGGCAGUCAAGAUAAAGCUGGCAAGACACAUGUGCAUACGCACUGCAGCCAGCUUCGAGCUUUUGGACAAGGACAAGGAUGGAAAGAUUCACGUUGACGAGGUAACAAGGUUACUGCAAGUUGCAGUACACGGCAAUGGAACGGAAUGGCUGAAGAGUCUGUUCCACUUGUACGAUGCAGACGGCGAUGAUGUUGUGAACGAGGCCGAGUCGAAGCUCAUUUUAGAUUCUAUGAUUCAGACGCAGAAGGUGGUCAUGACCGAGAUUUUUGCGACCCAUGUGCACAAUCUGCCCAAGAAACGCGAGAAAUGUUUUGCCAAGAGCAUGGUAGAGGAGGAUUUCAAGUCAAAAAUACCGGAGAAAGUGCGAUGCGUGUUUCACUUUGCCAACAAGCUGGACAAAGAGCGCAAAACAUACGACUGGGAACUCUUUGAAGACUCGAAGAAAGUGGAGUUUCCAGAACUGCACAAUAUGCUCGCCGUUUACGCGAAGGGCUUCUACGAUGAAAGAUUUAUUUUUUAUGAGCGCAAGCAGGAGAGACAAAGCACACGGUACAAGGGUCUGCUGCUCGCAACUGCUAUUGGUCUGGGUGAUUACAUCGCUGCUGUGAUAUAG